ACGACUUACAUAUGUUUAUAUUUUUAAAUUGGGCCAUAACCGCGAGCUACCUAGAAUUCUAACAAAAAUAUAUGUGUAAAUUGUACAUUAUAUCGAAUACAACAUUAACUUUAACAUGGUCUAGCCGGAAGUAGAGGAUGUCGAGCACGUUGUUUGGUUUCACCGCCACACGGUGUUUUGAAUGAAUGACGAUUUAACCAAACAAGAAAUUAAGUGCUUACUAUAAUCACACUCGUUGCUAUAACCUGCAACCGAGUGCAAGAAAGGCUUGGCUGUGCACAAUAUAGAAGAACGUAGUACACCGACGUCAAAGAGGAACAGGGAAACAAAUGGCUGGAAUUCUUUUUGAGGAUAUCUUCGACGUAAAAGACAUUGAUCCAGAUGGAAAGAAGUUUGACAGAGUGUCUCGUCUGCAUUGUGAAAGUGAAUCUUUUAAGAUGGACCUCAUCUUGGAUGUGAACAUUCAAAUCUAUCCAGUAGAUCUUGGUGAUAAGUUCAGACUGGUAAUAGCCAGCACAUUAUAUGAAGACGGAACGCCAGAUGAUGGGGAGUACAAUCCUCAAGAUGACAGACCCUCUCGAUCAGAUCAAUUUGAUUAUGUGAUGUAUGGGAAGGUUUAUAAGAUUGAGGGUGAUGAGACUUCGACAGAAGCUGCAACACGGCUCUCUGCCUACGUCUCUUACGGUGGCCUCCUCAUGAGGCUGCAGGGAGACGCAAACAACCUUCACGGCUUCGAGGUGGACUCCAGGGUGUACCUCCUCAUGAAGAAACUGGCCUUCUAAAUCUCGUCCCUCUUCUGCUCACUAUUCCCCCUGUCAGAAUUUGCAUGAAAACCAAACUGAACAGAAAGAAAAUAAAUUGAGGUUAUAUAGAAGCAAUGUUUCGAUUUUAUAUUUGUAGAUUUAAAAAAAUAAAUAAAAAUAUGUUCCUCUUGAGAAAUGGACUAGCGAUUAGACUGUGACACUUGAACUGCUACAACCUCCAUUUGCUACUCUGUAAAUAAAUUAUUUUUAUUUUUUUUAAAUAUAUGUACAAAGUGCUCGUUCAUUUUGGGAUACUGUAUAAUCUGCAUCCAUUUUGUGGUUUCAGAAUUAUGGAACGGUCCUUUGUUUGCAAAAAUCAUGAUGUGGUUUUGGAUUUGUAAAACUGCAAUUUUUGAUGGUGUCACCUUCAUAAUUGUAAACAUAAAGUAAAAC